UCGGAUAUCACCGACCGUCAACAUAAUACUUUAGCUGUCAGCGAGAGAAGGUGUUCAUCUCAACAAAAACUUCGAACAAAUCCGACAUCAAUCUCGGAGAAACCUCGCGUCAACAUGAACUUCAAGAGCACCGUAGCCGUAUUCCUGUUGGUGGUUGUGUUGAUGUUCGCCACUGAUUCCAUCAACGGGUUCAGAAAACCACCGUUCAAUGGCAGCAUCUUCGGCAAGCGAACCAUUUCCUACCCGGAAUACGAGAAUCCAGGGAAAACCAUUUACACCAUGUGCGAGAUCGCGUCGGACGCAUGCCAGACUUGGUUCCCUGUGAACGUCGAGAAGAAAUGAAAACCGUCAGCGGAGUAGAAAACGAAGCGUCUCUCGGAAUAAUACUUAACCGAUACAAAUGACGUUUUAUGUCUAAUGUAGUCGAAAUGUAGCUAAAAAAUAAUACCCAGUUUUUGGAUUUUUUUUUUAAUAAAAUGCUUGUCAUUGGUAAAACCUACUAAAAA